CAUGCUACCUGAUUCUGCACCUUCAAGUUCAUUUAUCAGGAUCAACCUCUCAAGCCACUCAGCAGAAACCUGUGGAUGACAGCCACCCAAAUCAAGAAUGCAAAUGCACCAAAGACAGAACACAACCAAAACUGGGGUUUGGAGUGAACUGUGCCCUGCACUCCAGGCUUGAACAAAAGGGCCAAUUUGUCUGCUAUUCGAAGAAAUCGACCUCUCACAUGGAGCUUUGGGAAGCUAAAGCCAAUGCAGCGCCUUCCUCCUGACGAGGUGAUAAGAGUUCUCUUCUUUUCUGCUGGUCUGAGGACCUUAUCAGGCCAAUGCAACAGCCGACUUGAGCUCCACUUGACCCAGGCUGAACUAUCUCUCUCUCAUGCGGCUACCACUUACAUGACCAUAGCUUCUUUUGGGACCUGGAAUGCCUCCAAUAAUGGGUGGCCAGAAUCCAAUGCAACAGUGGAACAUAUCCAAGCAGAACAUAAACCAAAGUGGAAUGGAAUCUUCUCCUCUCAAAGGAAGGGUGGUGUUUUGUUUGAAUUGCAGUUACGGUAGCGCACGAGUGUGUGUGGCUCUCUUUUCUUAUCUUCUUCGGCUCCUCCGUCAGCAUAAACACAACUCUAAAGCUGAAAGAUUAUGUGUUUUGGGCUUCCUCUGUUUGCUUCUUGUGUCAGAGCUUCCCUCCGAGUCAUGUCUGGAGAAGAAGCGCAUCAGAAAUCCAUGGCGGACUCGGCGUGGCUGGAGGAGCUGCAGUUGCCUCAGGUGCUGAUCUCUGAGAGAGUGCGCUCGUUGCAUGCGACCAUCGAGCAAGAAUGGGAUUACCUCCGGCGCAGCGCGUGCCAGACCGCCGCCGGCCGGGCACUGUGGAAUCACGUGAUUCGUGAUCCCCUGGCUGCGGUGCUUGCAGGAGAGAGCUACCUCAGAAGCCUCUACGAGAAGAUGAGGCAGGACAGGCUUAGCAAUGCCCGAGAAGUCUCGGGGGUGAUUCUGGCAGUACGAACUCUUUGGUUCGAUUCCAGGAUCGAAGCUGCCAUCAAUUCCUUCGGCGACAGGGGAGCUCAUCAGGUGGUUCUUCUCGGUGCAGGCAUGGAUGCGAGAGCUUACCGCCUCAGCUGCCUCAAGGAAAGCGUUGUAUUCGAAGUGGACUUCCCUGAGCUCUUGCAGAUCAAGGUUUCCCUCCUCAAGGAAAUGAUGGCAUCUUCCAAAGACCAACAAAUCGUGAUGAUAGCCAAGUCCCUGGUCAGAGUGGCAGCUGACCUCAGGGAAGGGGACUGGAUCGAGGAACUGCAGAAGCGUGGGUUUGUUCCUACAAGGAACACCGUGUGGGUGCUCGAAGGCAUCCUCUACUACCUGUCUCACCUCCAUGCCAUGCAAGUUCUUGAGGUCAUCGCUGCCAACUGCAACUUGACCCACACCGUCCUCCUCGCGGACUUCAUGAACAAAUCUUCGGUUUCCCUCUCCAACUCCACCUUCCAUUUCUACAGUGACUGGCCAGACCAUUUGCUGCCCACGCUCGGGUAUUGCCAUGUCAAGCUCUCACAACUAGGGGACCCUGAUGCUCACUUUGGCUUGCUGCAUGACCCCCAGAACCUGUUCAACAAGUUAAGGAGCUUGCCCAGAUCCAUGGAGACUCACCCGGAGGAUGGAACACCAUGCCGACGGUUGUACCUGGUGGAAGCCUCCGGAGGUCCAAGCCAGGAUAGCUGAUAGAUCAAGAGAUUCCAAGGAAGAGGAAACAUGCAUGUUCUGAGACAUAUACAUAGUAGAUUCUAUAGUUCCAUAGCUCCUCUUAUUAAUUUCCUUGAUUCAUGCAGAAACAGAAACUUGUACCUGUUCUUGAUUCAUGUAUAUGUGCAUAAUGCACAAAGCUAGUGGAAUGAAUGGCAAAGGAAAUUGCAAAACAAA